CAGCAUCCUCCCAGCCUUCCUGAGCACCUUUCUCUCCUCUCUGCUCACUCGCUCACCUCCUUCCCGGCACCAUGACCUCCUGCAGCCGCCAGUUCACCUCCUCCAGCUCCAUGAAGGGCUCCUGCGGCAUCGGGGGCGGCUCCAGCCGCAUGUCCUCUGUCCUGGCUGGAGGGGCCUGCCGGGCCCCCAGUGCCUACGGGGGCCUGUCGGUCUCCACCUCCCGCUACUCCUCCGGGGGGGCCUGCGGCCUGGGGGGCGGCUAUGGCGGCGGCUUCAGCAGCAGCAGCAGCUUUGGUGGGGGCCUGGGUAGCGGCUUUGGUGGAGGAUACGGUGGUGGCCUUGGUGCUGGCUUCGGUGCUGGCUUCGGUGCUGGCUUUGGUGCUGGCUUUGGUGGUGGUGAUGGCAGCCUCCUCUCUGGCAAUGAGAAGCUCACCAUGCAGAACCUCAACGACCGCCUGGCCUCCUACCUGGACAAGGUGCGCGCCCUGGAGGAGGCCAACACUGAGCUGGAGGUGAAGAUCCGCGACUGGUACCAGAGGCAGCGGCCCAGUGAGGCCAAGGACUACAGCCCCUACUUCAAGACCAUUGAGGACCUGAGGAACAAGAUCAUCACAGCCACCAUCGAGAAUGCUCAGCCCAUUCUGCAGAUUGACAAUGCCAGGCUGGCAGCUGAUGACUUUAGGACCAAGUAUGAGCACGAGCUGACCCUGCGCCAGAGCGUGGAAGCCGACAUCAACGGCCUGCGCCGGGUGCUGGAUGAGCUGACCCUGUCCAGGACUGAUUUGGAGAUGCAGAUCGAAGGCCUGAAGGAGGAGCUGGCUUACCUGAGGAAGAACCAUGAGGAGGAGAUGCUUGCUCUGCGGGGUCAGACUGGUGGGGACGUCAGCGUGGAGAUGGACGCCGCCCCUGGCGUGGAUCUGAGCCGCAUCCUGAACGAGAUGCGUGACCAGUACGAGCAGAUGGCGGAGAAGAACCGCAGAGACGCGGAGGCCUGGUUCCUGAGCAAGACCGAGGAACUGAACAAAGAAGUGGUCUCUAAUAGCGAAUUGCUGCAGAGUGGCCGCAGUGAGGUGACUGAGCUCCGGAGGACGCUCCAGGGCCUGGAGAUUGAACUGCAGUCCCAGCUCAGCAUGAAAGCAUCCCUGGAGAGCAGCCUGGAGGAGACCAAAGGCCGCUACUGCAUGCAGCUGUCCCAGAUCCAGGGGCUGAUCGGCAACGUGGAGGAGCAGCUGGCCCAGCUGCGCUGUGAGAUGGAACAGCAGAGCCAGGAGUACCAGGUGCUGCUGGAUGUGAAGACAAGGCUGGAGCAGGAGAUCGCCACCUACCGCCGCCUGCUGGAGGGCGAGGAUGCCCACCUCUCCUCCCAGCAAGCAUCCAGCCAUUCCUAUUCUUCCCACAAUGUCUUCUCCUCCUCCUCCUCAUCCUCCUCUGGCCUCCAGACUCGGCCCAUCCUCAAGGAGCAGGGCUCUUCCAGCUUCAGCCAGGGCCAGAGCUCCAAGCACUGAGCUGCCUGUUCCAGAGCCUCCUGCCCGCCUACCGGCCCCAACCUCCUGAAGGCCUGGGCCACGGCCCUGCUCUCCCAGCGCGGUUUCCAGCUGUCUCCCCUCCCCCUCCGCUGGUGGUGGGCUAAUAAAGCUGACUUUCUGGUUGAUGCAAA